AUGUUCUUUAACAAUUUACAGUCAAUUGAUAGCGUAAGUCUAAAUCUACUUAUUUAUCCAUUCAUUUUACUUACUAACUCGGUUUAUUCAUAUCUGUCUAUCAAUAUCUAUCUAUCUAUCUAUCUAUCUAUCUAUCUAUCUAUCUAUCUCAGUCUGUUCAUAUAUAUCUGUCUGUCUAUCUAUCUCAGUCUUUUUCUAUCUAUCUAUCUGGAAUUUUUCUCUUCCUUUACAUUCAAUUUCUUCCUCUUUCUUUUGAUUUUACUGUUUCUUCAAACUUUUCUCUCUACUUUUUCUUUUUAUGCACUCUUUACAUUUUCUUUUUCUUCUAUUCUUGCUUCUUUUGGAAUCCAUUUUUUUCUUUCUGUUUUUUCUUUCUUCUUUUCCUUUAUUCUUUCUUUUCAUGAUUUUCUUUCUUUUUAUUUUUUCAUUAUUCCUAUUAUUUUCCAUCUCUUCCUCUCAUUUUCUCUUGUUACAUUUUCUUCUCAUUUUCCUUUUCUUUUUCUUUUGUCUGCUUUUCAUCUUCUGUUUUCUUCUUCAGAAUAUUUCUUUUUUAAAUUUGAUUGUUUUAAUUUUUGUUUAUUUUCAUCAUAUCUUUUUUCUGAAUUUUCGUAUUCCUUUUUCCUCUUCUAUCUUUUUCCAUUUAGUUCUCUUUGUCCUUUUCUUUCUCUUUUCAAAAUUUUUUUCUUUUUCUUCCUCUUCCUUCUCUACAGUUUUCAUUUCUUCUUCUUCUUCUUUUUCUUUUUUUUUCUUCUUCUUCUUCUUCCAACUUAA